GAAAUUAUCACAUUAGUUACAGCUCCAAGCCUUAUAAUACACCCCAUUUUUUAUACAACGCGCACCACUACAACAGAAAUCGUGCCGAUACAGUCAAAUACGACAAGUACCUCGAGCAUUGAAACUAAAGAAACUACCACUGAAGAAUAUAUCAAUGAAAAAGUCACUACUUACAAUACUCCAAGCUACCUCAGGCCUGGAAAAACCACAACAAAAAUGCCAAAGAUUGCAAAUCCAUGUCUUCAAGGGAAACCACUACCAACCGGUUCAAAUAUGCCUAUGCCUUGCAAUUAUCGAAUGAAACCGAAUAGUGGUUGUCCGGAAAACUAUUUUUGUCACACUGGAUCAAGUUUUGCGACCACAGCUUGUUGUCCUAUCUUUGAGAAAAGAGAAGCAUGCUUACAACCGAUAUCGCCUGGUGAUGGUGGAGAAUCUUUAACGAGGUGGUACUUUAAUCCAAUUUCCAAGAAAUGCAAAAGCUUCAUCUACAAAGGGUUGCAUGGGAAUCAAAACAAUUUCUUAUCAGAAACUCAGUGUUCAAAUAUGAUAAACCUAUAUCUAUUUCUUCAACUUAUGGCUCAUCAAAAAAAAGAGAAACCGAAAGAAUUUAGCGAAAGAAUGGUUUUAUUGAACUUGAAAAAAAUGAAAAAAAUUCAAGAAUUUAUCAAUUUAUCAAUGAUGCAAUUAUUUGUAGCUGCAGUAAACGAAUGUGAUCAACCGCUAUUGCUCGGCGAAGGUAAUGAAAGCAUUCGAAGAUGGUAUGCAGUUCCAAACCACCGUUCCUGUAAUAGGCAAUGCAAACAAUUUAUCUAUAAAGGAAUGAAGGGCAAUCAAAACAACUUUCUUACAAAACAAGAAUGUGAACGCAAAUGCAAAUCCACAUGUGGAAAUCCAUGUGGAACAAAUCCAGUCCUACUUGAUUCAAAUAGAAUGCCACGGCAAUGUAGCAUGGAAUCACCUUGCCCGGAUACUCACUGGUGUCAUGUCGGAGGCAAUAGCUCAAUGACAGUUUGCUCAUCGGAUCCUUGUCGACUUUCCGUCUCAUCAGGUGUCGGGGAAUAUCAUCUGAUGAGGUGGUAUUUCGAUUCAAAUAUGAAAAAAUGCACCCCAUUUAUAUAUUAUGGCAGCGGCGGAAAUCAGAACAUGUUCUUAUCAGCUGAAGAUUGUAUACUAACGUGUCUGUCGAAUAAGAACCCUUGCGAAAAUGGUGAACCUCUCCUUGUCAAUGGAGAACCAAAAGCAUGUAGUCCGAGGAACCAAUGUCCAUCAACACAUUUUUGCCACAUUGGAGGAGAAAACGAUCCAGAAUAUUGCUAUGGCAAUCCAUGUGAAAUGUCACUAGCACAAGGUGUUGGUAAUUUGACCCUUACUCGUUAUUACUUCGACAGAGUUACCCAUCUUUGUCAGACGUUCAUAUAUCGUGGAGCUAAGGGAAAUGCGAACAAUUUCUUGACUGUCAAUGAUUGUGAAUCCAUAUGUCCAGUAUAUCAGAAUCCUUGUAAAGAUGGUGAACCACUGCUCGAUGCAAAUCAGUUGCCGAAGAUUUGUGGAGGAAGCGACACUUGCCCAAAAGGCUAUUAUUGUCAUAUAGGAGGCAAUCCAGAAACUACGAAUUGUUGCCCUGGACUACGCCGAGCAUGUGAUUAUCCUCUGGAGCUAGGCAAAGGCUCUCUUCGACUGGAGCGAUGGUACUUCGAUGGAAAUGAGCAGCUAUGCAAAAAAUUUAUUUACCAUGGUUUAAAAGGGAAUACGAAUAAUUUCUUGACUCGCGACGAUUGUCAGCAGUCUUGCAAAGAGACGAAUCCAUGUAGUGAAGAUGGUCCACUGAUCAAUUCAGCCGGACAACAAGUUCUUUGUACCGAUGCUGAACAUAAUGAUUGCCCAGAAUCCUAUUACUGUCAUAUCGGAUCAUCCGCUUCGACAAGUUUAUGUUGUAAAAAAACCGGAGCGGAUCCAUGUGAUCAAAGACGCAUAACAGGUUAUGGCAAAGAAGCUCUAUCACGAUGGUUUUUUGAUAAAAAUAGAGGACGAUGUAUACCAUUCACCUAUGAAGGAAUGGGUGGUAAUGAAAAUAAUUUUAUUUCUAAAGACAUGUGUGAAGAAAGCUGUUCAGUGCAACAUGAUUUCUGCCCACAUGGUCAACCAUUGACUGAUAAAAGGAGCCAGAUGCCAAUGGGCUGUGGAAUUGACAAAUCUUGUCCAAAUGGCUUUAUAUGCCAUCUUAAUAUCGAAUACAAUCAGUUGGCUUGUUGUCAGGAUCCAAACAUCUUUUGUAUGCAACCAAUCGAUCCAGGUUCGUGCCGUAAAUUCACGAAACGGUAUGGUUACGACCCAAGAACCGAUACUUGCGUUGAAUUCAAAUUUGGAGGUUGUGAUGGAAAUUUGAAUAAUUUCGAUUCCUUAAAAAAGUGUACAGAAAUAUGUUGCAAGAAUUACGCUAAAUAA